CUCAUCUAAUCGUGCUUUAUUUCUACGGAAAAUAGGUUGCGCAUAAGGAGCACGUCAUAUGCAUCCCGACAUAUGAUAUAGAGAGGCUCAUUCUCGGCACUUUUAAUCAAUUUUGUCAACUCUUUUUUUUUUGGCAUGGAGGAAAGAACUAUGAUUUUUCCUCACGUUCGGGACGGAUAACAUUGACGUCAGCAUAAACCCUCGCCUGAGAGGAGGCGCCUGGGCGGCAAGUUGAUUGUCCAAUCUUCUGUGCCAGGGUGUUAGGCUAUGACGGUGGUCGCAGGCGGCCUUCGUGUGGCUGCGGUGGUGGAUGGUAUUUGUGAGGGCGUGAAAGCGGAGUUGCGGCUGGACGCAGCGAAGUGACGGAAGGCAGUAGUGUGAGGAAAUGAGUGAGAGGAUGGCGCGAGAUUUGAAUUCCAGAAAGAGCACGAGAAUGAAAACGAAGGAUUAGGGCGAAAUUGAUCUGUGGCGCGAGGAGGUCAAUUGUAAUGGCCUUAUGGCUACCAUUUGAUUGUCACUGACGCCACCGGUUAGGGGCAUUUUGGAGGGAGGGAAAAGAGCACUUUCGUGGGAGCACAGAGAAAGGGAAGAAAACGAUGCCAGUUGCUACGCGAGAGACGUCUGAUGCCAGAAUUAUUGCUCACGUAGAUAUGGAUUGCUUCUACGUUCAAGUUGAACAGCGAAAGCAGCCAAAUUUAAGGGGCUUGCCUACUGCUGUCAUUCAAUACAACUCGUAUAAAGGUGGUGCCUUAAUUGCUGUGAGCUAUGAAGCCCGUAAAUAUGGUGUGAAGCGUUCAAUGAGAGGUGAUGAAGCACAGGAAGUGUGCCCCCAAAUUCAACUGGUUCAAGUCCCAGUAGCACGUGGUAAAGCUGAUCUCAACACAUACCGUAAUGCAGGUUCAGAGGUUGUAUCAGUCCUUGCAAGGAAAGGUCGUUGUGAGAGGGCUUCAAUUGAUGAGGUGUAUAUAGACCUCACUGAAGCUGCUGAAACAAUGCUAAAGGAAGCUUCUCUAGAAAACCUGGAUGAUAUUCAUGAGGAGGUUCUCAAGUCACAUGUUUUGGGGCUUCAUGUUGAGGAUGGAAAUGAUGCCAAAGAAGAAGUUAGGAAGUGGCUUUGCAGGAGUGAUGCUGAUUACCAUGAUAAACUAUUAGCUUGUGGGGCCAUCAUUGUUGCUGAACUCAGGAUUCAAGUGUUGAAAGAAACUGAAUUCACAUGUUCUGCUGGUAUUGCUCAUAACAAGAUGCUUGCUAAACUUGCUAGUGCUAUGAACAAACCUGCACAACAAACUAUUGUACCACAUUCAUCUGUCAAAGGAUUGCUUGAGUCUUUUCCAAUAAAGAAAAUGAAACAGCUUGGGGGGAAGCUGGGGAGUUCUUUGCAAAGUGAUCUUGGUGUCAACACUGUUGGUGAGUUGCUUCAGUUUUCAGAGGAGAAGCUACAACAGCAUUAUGGGAUCAAUACAGGUACUUGGCUGUGGUAUAUUGCAAGAGGAAUCAGUGGGGAAGAAGUGGAAGGGCGUCUACUACCCAAGAGCCAUGGUUCUGGCAAAACAUUUCCUGGGCCUCAGGCUUUGAAGACAAUUGCAUUAGUUCAGCACUGGCUUAAUCAACUGUGUGAAGAGCUGAGUGAACGUCUUCAAUCUGACUUGGAUCAAAAUAAACGGAUUGCGCGUACACUGACUCUUCAUGCUAGAGCAUAUAAGUCAGGUGAUUCAGAUUCACAUAAAAACUUCCCUUCUAAAUCUUGUCCUCUAAGAUAUGGGACUGCAAAGAUUCAAGAAGAUGCUUUAAAUCUAUUUCAAGCUGGAUUACGUGAAUAUAUUAGCUUUUACAGCAAUAAAACACAAGGAAGCCAAAACAACAGUUGGGGAAUAACAUCACUUUCUGUUGGUGCAAGUAAAAUUGUCACCAUACCAUCUGGAACACAUUCAAUUGCUAAAUACUUCGGUGGGCAAUUGUCACUCUCCUCAUCUUUGAAACAGCCACCAGAAAAUAUGGUCCAUGAAGCUGCUCCAUCUUCGCUCUCAGGCAGUGAAAGUUGUUCGGGAUUGAAUUCAUACGAGUCACAGCUUGGACAUCCUGAAGACACAAGAAUGAAGUAUCCAAAGGCUAGUUUUGGUCAACAGUUGCAGGACUCAUCUUGCAACUUAUCCAGGCAGGGAGAUGGCUUGACUGAAGAAUCUUCCCUUUUUUCAACCCAAGUGGCAGCUUUUUAUUCAAGAAAUGAAAAUGGAUCGGCAGAGGGAGCUCCGCGACAGAGUUUUCCUGUGGAAGAACCUAGGCGCAUUCACAAUAUGCCUACAUCGAAAGCAGUUGAGAAGAAAAAUACAGCUAAAGAAAAGGGUAAUUGUUCAAUUUUAAAAUUUUUCAAGAAUUACCAUGAUCAUUGCACUUCUUUGGAGAAGCAGCAUGCUACUAAUGCCCAAGGUGGAAAAGCAUCAUCAAUCGGAUCUGGGUCGAAUUGCAGUAGUGAUUCAACAUAUAACAAUCAAGUUCAAGUUGAGUUAUUGGAAGAGACCCAUUGCGAAGAAACUGGAACAACCAAUGGUGGAAGCAGUUCAGGUCAUGUGGUGGAGGGGGGACAAUCAUGGAGUUACAGAAUGGAGGAGAUUGACCCCUCUGUCGUUGAUGAGUUGCCGCCAGAAAUUCAACAGGAGGUUCGGGCCUGGCUCAGGCCCAUUAAGCGGCCUAAUGUGGUGAAAAGAGGUUCUGUCAUUACUCACUAUUUCUCUAGCAACAAGAAUUGACAAAAUGAUUAGAUUAAUGGUACUGUUCUACUGUAAAUAUAAUGACAAUGAUAUUUGAGGCUAAAAUAUUAGCCUUAGGUUAUAUAUAAUGACAAUGACAAUGAUAUUUGAUUUGUUUCAGCAAACAAUCAUCGUGUGGUGUUAAAUGGGAUAGGUUUAAUUUUAUUAUUCAUCCCUAUAGAAUCCCAAGAAAGCUGGGUUUGAAGAUUCUUGUGCAAGUCGAGUUUGGAUUUCUUUUUGUAAAUAAAUUAUUGAAUAUAGUACUAUUCAUGGUUGUCAAAUGAGUUAAUUUUCUGA